AUUCCCUAUAUACAGUAGCUAAAAUUGUUCCCUAUUCACCCAGCCUCUAAAAUGUUUUCUUCAGGCAAAAACCGUCUUAUAGGAUUUAUGUGGAAUGUGAAUGUAUAAGUUGAAUGCCAAUCUAAGCCAAUUUUGAAUCUGCACAUCAGCUGCCAUGGUGUUUUACUGCCAUACAGAAGAUUUAAAAAAUUUAACUUUAAAAAAGGUCUAAGCUGAUGUAUUUCUCCAACAGACAAGAGAGAACGAAAAAACACAAACCCUUUAUCAGACAUACUGAAGGUGCUUGAGCUGGCAAAUACAAUUAAAAAGGAUUCAAUAGCAUUUACAAAUUAAUAUUAAAUAGGGCUACAUAUUAAAAAGAAGUUGAUAAUAAAUGCACACAUUGAAUAUAGCCGUAUUUGUUAAUAUAGCAUACAGAACGAGCUAAUAUGCAACAAUCCAGGAUAUACAGCAGGGUAGUCAUAGGGAGGGUGAUGUUGACUAUUUAAGCAUAGCAUACGUAUGUUUGCUAUUCAAGUGUUUUACAAUAAAUUAUAUUUUAGUUUGAUGAUGGCUGAAGCCUGGUGUUGGCACUACAUUCAUCCCCAUGGUUGCUUAUUCUAUACUGUGAAUUGGGUGUAUUAAAUGUGAUUGAUAAGAGUCAAAUGCAACCCAAAGUCCUACAAUACAAACCCCAAACCCCUCCUCCACUCAGAAAGCGAGUGGGUUAAAAACACUCAUAAAACAAUAAUUACAGCAUUUAUCAAUAAUAAACAACUACUAAACAGACCGAAUUGAGUUAAAGUGAGGAAACAACAGUCUGUCAUUGUAUUGAAAAUGGUGUGUGACUGAAAACCCUUACAUUUUUACAAAACGACCAUUAUUUUGAAAUAUAUUUUCUGUCUUGUGCUGCCGCCUAGCGGAAGCGGCAGUUAGAUGUUGGAGGUUGUUUCCAUAGUAACAGUUGUUACAGCAGCCAUGUCAGUAACAGGUGGACCGAUCUGUGCGUGAUAUGUCUCCAGUCUGUAAGGUGAUACAUUACCAACAUUUGUAGCGAAAAUAUGGCUGCGAAAGUUGAUUUAGCUAAACUGGACGUUGGUGUAUUAACUGCUGAUCAGCAAGAGAAACUUCGACAGUUCAAGAUCAAGACGAGAAUCAACAAUGAGAAGUAUUUGAGAUCCCAUCCGGAAGUAGAGGUAUUGAUAGGUGACUUUCUAAGAGAUGUGCUUUUAAAAAGGCCCGUUGACAUCCGGGAUUUUGCUGCAGAUCACUUCAACAAGCCAGACCUUCAUGUGGUUAUCGGCUCCAAAAUGGAAGGAAACAUGGAGUGAAACACACCCAGCAGUCACAGUGCUUCCCCUUUCUGCCUUCUCUGUACAGAGCAACACAUGUAUGGACACAAAUACAUUUACGUCAGUCCACUUAAUAGCGUUAUCGUCUGAUUUCCCAUCAUACACAUGCUGGAAGCCAACGCAUGGGGAAGAUGCUAACUGCAGUUCCUAAUGAUAAUGAUUAAAAGGUUAAUGAGGAGAGGACUUACACAUACAUCAGACUGUGCUGUUGCAACAUCACCAAUAUUAUUAGGAAGAGAAAUACUCAAGGUCGCAUUUUGUGGAUACUGCUUUCAACAAUGUUUAAACAAAACCAUCUUUGUGGUUUGUAUUGUGGGUCCACAGCUGUUAUUGUGUACCUUGAUCUGGAUAUGGAACAGUCUUUUUUUGUGUGUUUUGAUAUAUCUUGCUUUUUUGAACAUAUUUUCUUGUUUGUGACGUUAAAAAAUUAGAUUUUGAUUUGUGGGAGGCAAAGUUAUAGAUUGUAAAAGGAUUUAAGAAGUGAACAUUUAAUGGAGAAAGUUGACUUAUAAAUGUGUGUGUUUUCCAUUUUACUCUGCCAUUUCAACGAAUACUACUUCUACAACAGCCUUAAUAUUCAAAUGUGCUCGGUUUCGGUUUUCAAUGCUCUGUAUUCGAGAGCUUAUGUUUGCCCCAUUUCUUUAUGGAGAGUGUAAAUAAAGCCUUUACCGUGAG